AUGUUUGGUAAAAAAAGAAUGGGCAAUUAUGGUACGUAUCAAGUGACAAUAAAAAUUAUUGAAGCAAGACACUUGGUUAAAAAUAGUAAUCCAAUGGUCAUUGUGAAAGUUGGAAAUCAAAAAAGAAAAACUGAUAUUAGAGAAAAAACAGAUUGCCCAUAUUACAACGAGUAUUUUGUGUUUGAAUUUACUUGUGAUUUUAAUGUACUUAUGAGUACGACAAUAUCAAUAUCAGUUUAUUUGCGAAAUUCAUUGAGACAAAAAAAAUUUUAUGGAGGAUUGUCUUUUGAAGUUGCAACUGUAUGGGAUCAGCCAAAUCAUGAGUAUUAUCACAAGUGGGCAAUGCUGACAAAUCCCAAGGAUCAUUCAAAUGCACCAAGGGGAUAUGUCAAGUGUAAUAUAUCUGUUAUGGCAAAGGGAGAUAAAUUGCGAACUCAUCCUGACUCUGAUGACGAUGACGAAGAUGACAUUGAAGGAAAAUUAUUACUUCCAAUUAGAAAUUUAUCAACUUCCAGUCGACAAAAAGCACGAUAUGUUUUUUCAAUUUAUCGAGCAGAUGGUUUGCCAAAUAGAAAAUCAAAUAUUUAUUGUGGAAAUUUAAAAAAUAAUAUUAAUCCAUAUAUUCAAAUAUCAUUUGCCGGAAUGAAGGGUGAAACGAGUUUACGUAAAUGCACAUUUACACCACGCUUCAAUGAAAAUAUUAUAUUCAAAGAAAUGUUUCCAUCUUUAUCAAAUCGUGUGAGAAUUGCUGUUAAAGAUAAAAUUUCUGGUUGUAAUUCUACAAUAAUCGCAACUCACCUGUUAAAUCUCACGAGUUUAUCAUAUUCCAGUGAAAAUGGUUUUUUGCCAACAUAUGGUCCAUCUUUUAUUCAUCUGUACGAUGAUUCAACGAGUAAUAAUGUUGAGUGUAGUUGCAGUGGUAAGUGUCGAGACGUGAGACCAAUUUAUCGAGGCAGAGUACUUAUCUCACUCAAGACAGAAAUAGAUGAUCCUGGAUCGUCGAGUGGUGACAGAAUUGCUAUUGAACCAACAUUUCCAAUAUCUGAGAAAAGUAUGUGGAAUAGUGAAGAGUAUCUACUGGUUGGAAUAAUUUAUGAUGUCUGCAUGAUCGAUCGAUACAGAUUCAUGAACAAAGCCAUUAGUUUUGAAAUUAGUUUUGGCAAUGCUGGAAAUACGGAAUUUUCAAACAAUAUUGAUAAUAAUGACAGUCUAAUGACGUUAAUAUUGAAAGGUGUAGUGAUUUUGAUAGUCUUACUGAUUCCAUUUGGUUGUAAUAAACCGUGUAUGUUUGUUAAAUCAUGUUGGCCAAAUCUAGAAUGGAGAUUAUUCAAUUCAAACAUUCUGACGUUCAUCGCAAAUUAUUUAGAAGAGGAACUUGGUAAAUUAGAAGCACUUAUUGCAGUUGAAAAUGGAAUGGCAUAUGAAGCUUAUAAUGGAAUAAUUGGAUCGUUGAAAUUUUACUGUAUGCAUUAUUUGAAAAUAUUGAAUACUGAAAAAUACCAUGAGAAUGGAGGAACAACAAUAUUGGAUAAGCAACGUGUUAAUUAUUGUCGGGAAUUUAUUCAAGAAAUAUUAAAAAUGAUAAAAAUUAAUGGAAAUCUUCCGAAUAAUAAUUACAUUAAAAUUGCAAUGAUACAUGCUUAUAAAUAUUUACAAAAAAUUCGUGAAGCCUGUGAUGAUCCACAGCAUGGAUUCCCGGAUGUAUUUAUUUGGAUGAUUUCUGGUAAAAGACGUGUUGCAUUGACUCGUUUAAAAUCAACUGAAAUUAUUUAUUCAGAAGAUACAAUGUCUUGUGGUACUAAAUGCGGACAACGAAUAAAUUUAUUUAUAAAAAAUUUUAAUGAUGAACAAGAUAAUCCAACUGACUAUAGUCCAUGUAAUAUUGAAAUUUUUAUUUGGCUUGGUAAUAUUAAAUAUUCAGCAGCAUGUUGGAGUAAAAUUCCAGCUGGUUAUAAAGUUGAAUAUUCUACAAAUAUUGAAAAAUUUCCAAAAUACAUUGAGUACACUGAAUCAACGAAAUUUCAAUUACGAGCUCAUAUUUUUCAAGGACGUUUUGAUACUGGUAUGGAUUCGUCUGGAUUAAUGGAUCCAUUUAUUCAAGUUAUCUUUCGUGGAUGUACAUUAACGACCCAAUGGAUUCAACAGAGCUUAGCGCCAGUUUGGGAUGAGACACUUGUAUUUCCACCGAUUGAGAUACAUGGUACUUCUGAUAAUAUCAAAAAAUUACCACCAAAAAUACUCGUUGAAGCUUUUGACUAUGAUCGUUGUGGAACUAAAGAAUUUUGUGGUAGAUGUAUUUCCGAGCCAGUUGUUAAAUUAAGUUGUGAAACCUAUUCACCACCAAUUUUGACCUGGCAUAAAUUUCAAUCGCAAAAGGAUUUCAAUUGCAGUAUACUAGCUGCAUUUGAACUUAUAGAGAUUAAUCAUGGUGAAUUGGUGGAUCCACCACUCAACACAAUAUCUGAAAAUGAAAUGAACAGAAUAUAUAAUUUACCAGAUGACAUCAAGCCAAAAAUGAAAAGUCAUCGUUUUGAAAUAAUUUUCUGGGGUGUUAGAGACAUGAAAAAAAUUAAUUGCAUCAGCAUAAACAAGCCGAAAAUUAUUCUCGAGUGUUCUGGCAUACAAAUUGUCUCUGAGGUCAUUGAUAAUUAUAAAAAAUACAGUAAUUUUAAUGAUAAUCAUGUUAUUAUUGAUCUGGAUUUACCGGAAUUGGAUAUAUAUUAUCCACCAAUAACCAUCAAAGCAUUUGAUUCACGAAGCUUUGGAAACUCAUAUGUUGGUGUUUUUCCAUUGCCAAUGGAUUAUGAUGUUGAAAAAGAAGAAACAAAGGUUAAAAAAUUUGCAAAUUUUGUUAGAAUGUUACCUGAUAAUUUUAAAAUUAGUGAUAAAAAUGAAAAACAAAUUUAUGGAAAUGAUGAGGAUGAAAAUCAUGAUUGGUGGAGCAAAUAUUAUGCAUCACUUGAGGAAGAAAGAUAUCUCGAGCUUGGAAUAAAAAAACCACUGUUGCCAGGCCAAAAACCAGUGGCAACACUCAAGAUUUAUCCAAUGGAAUUAGAAUUACAACCAGAAUUCUGUGGUUUUCAAGAUAAAUUGACAACAUUUGAAUUAUCAAGGGGAAAAAAAACAAAUGAUCCUUAUUACAAUGGAAAAAAUUAUUGCGGAAAAUUUAAGGGAAAAAUAGCAAUAUAUCCUUGGCCGAGUUUAAAAAAAAUCAACUGCAGGACAAUGUGUGGACAUGAUGCAUCAUUUGGUCUAUUGACUGAUUACCCAUCACCAACACCAGUCAAAAUAACUCUCCGUGUGUACAUAGUAAAAGCUAUCAAUCUGCAUCCAAACGAUGCACUCACUGGUAAAUCAGAUCCAUAUAUUCGUAUUAAACUUGGUAAAAAUUAUAUAAAUGAUAAAAAAAAUUAUAUACCAAAUCAGCUGAAUCCAAUAUUUGGAAAAUGUUUUGAAAUGGAAGCACAAUUUCCAAGAGAUCAUACACUUAUAAUACAAAUUUGGGAUUAUGAUUCAACGAGUUCUGAUGAUCUUAUUGGUGAGACUAAAAUUGAUAUUGAAAAUCGUUAUUACAGUAAUCAUCGUGGUACUUGUGGUAUAUCAAAAAUUUAUUGUAAAAAUGGAUACAAUGCUUGGCGUGAUCGUGAAAAACCAACAAGCAUACUUGAAUCAUUGUGUAAAAAAAAUAAUUUAGAAAUGCCAGAGUAUACAAAAACAGCUGUUGUUAUUGGCAAACAAAAAUUUUUAUUUACACAAAAUUUAGAUGACAUUGAUGAGACAGAUAAAGAAGAAUGCAUGGCUCUAAAUGUACUUCAUCAGUGGCAAAAUUUUCCAAUUUGUGGUGUAUCACUAGUGCCUGAACAUGUUGAACGACGUUCACUCUUAAAUCCUAAAAAACCAGGACUUGAACAGGGUAAAUUAGAACUAUGGAUUGACAUGCUUCACUCAGAUGACCUACCACCAAAACCUCCAAUUGACAUUAAACCACAAUUACCAAUAGAAUAUGAAUUACGUGUUAUUAUUUGGAACACUGAGGAUAUACCACUCGUCGAUAGUCAAUUUUUGAGUGGUGAAAAAAGCUCAGACAUCUAUGUUAAAGGUUGGAUAUUAUAUGAGGAUCAUCAAAAAACUGAUAUACACUACAAUUCAUUAAAUGGUGAGGGUAAUUUUAAUUGGAGAUUUGUAUUUCGUUUUAUGUAUUCAAAAGCUGAACAACUUAUAAUUGUGAAAAGAAAAUUAUCAAUCCUAGAACGUGACAGAACUGAACAAAAACUACCAUGUAAAUUAAAUAUUCAAGUUUGGGAUAGUGAUCAUUUUUCAGCUGAUGAUUUUUUAGGCUCACUUACAAUUGAUUUAUCACGAAUGCCACGUGGUUGUGCCAAUUCUAAAAAUUGUACAUUAAAAGUAACAGAUCAAAAAUCACCAACAGUCAAUCUUUUUAAAGUCAUGAGAACAAGAGCUUGGUGGCCGUUAACUGGUGUUAUGUCAAAUGGAACAUACACUCAAGCGGGUAAAGUGGAAAUGGAAAUGACGCUUGUUCCGGUUGAAGAAGCUAAUGAAAAACCCGUGGGAAAAGGACGAAGCCCACCGAGUCCAUUGCCUCCACCCGAUCGACCUGACACAUCAUUUUCUUGGUUUCGUAAUCCAUGGAAAGCUUGUUGCUUUGUUGUUUGUCGCUAUUACAAAUGGCGCAUUGCAUUUUGUUCAAUGAUAUUUUUACUAAUAAUGCUAUUAGUCGUUGGAAUUUAUGCAGUUCCUGGCUAUCUCGUCAAGAAAAUACUCAAUGUUUAA